GACUGCCGAGUAGCGACUAGCUACUUCUUCACCAUUCUCGUGAUUGAUCAAUAUGACAAACAAAAAUCCAUAUUCAUAUCUAAACUGGUCCCGGAUAUCCCAUUUACCAGCAAGAAUCCAAUGUAAAACAGCCGUGUUCUUGGUGGUGAGCAAUAUCAUUCGUCAGAAUUACCUCCACUCUGAUCGUUUCGGAGCGACGCGAGGUGCAACUUAAUGAAGGAACCCCAUUGAAUUGAAAUCCAACAACCUUGAUCUCGCAGAAAAGGACAGCAUCAGCAAACGGUUCAACCCACUUCUAUAAAUUCAACAUUUAGACAUAUCUGUAUGGUUAACAUAAAUACAUGUUAACCUCCACUGCCCUUGCACUCUUUAUCCCAACGUGUUGUUUCAUUGGAAACGCCCAGAACUCCUCGAUUGAACGAUCCAAAGCCUCAACGACAUUGUAUUGCCGUUUUCAACACGGCAGAGUCCAUUCGACAUGAGCACUUCUUCGAUGAAGUCCCAAGAUUCGAAUGGCUUACGGGAACGAAUCAACAAUGGUUCCGCCACAAAUGACGAUAACAUGACAGCCCGUUGCGGUUCCGAGCCACCGUCCGAAGACUUUGAACUUGACAAAGACAAGAAGACCUUUGGCAGAACGCCCGACGGUACCAUAUUUACAGUACCCCAGACUCAUGAUAUGGUUUCUCAACUGCUCGAUCCUCGACAACCCAAGAAUCUCUCUGAUUUAAUCGUAUUGGUCAUACUUGCCCUUCAUAUAUUCGCGCUCUACGCGCUGCCUAGCUCAUUGAAGAGACCAGUAUUCGCAGUUAUCUUCCUUUUCUGGCGAGGAUGCUACAAUGUUGGCAUUGGAUAUCUCCUUCACAUCCAAUCGCACCACAAAAGAAUAGUAGCAUGGGCAAAGAAAUGGAACCUAUUUGAAAAUCCAGUUACUGGCAAAAAUCCUCGACCAUGGUUAUACCAAUUGAUCAAGACUGAACUAGAGACUAAAAUACCAGAAGAUUACAAAUUUGAGCAAGCUCCCAUUGAGUAUAAUACAUGGCUAGUCUUUCGAAGGGUGGUGGAUCUCAUUUUGAUGUGUGAUUUCACAUCAUACUGUCUCUUUGCGAUUGCUUGUGGAGGCGCACCAUCUGAUGAAGGUCUAGUCAUGUCAACACUCCGAUGGGGUGCCGGAAUCAUACUCGUUCUGUUUAACUUAUGGGUUAAGCUUGACGCGCACCGAGUCGUAAAAGAUUAUGCAUGGUACUGGGGUGACUUCUUUUACCUAAUCGAUCAAGAAUUGACAUUUGAUGGUGUUUUCGAAAUGGCACCUCAUCCAAUGUAUUCUGUUGGAUAUGCUGGUUAUUAUGGAAUCUCAAUGAUGGCUGCAAGCUAUAGCGUGCUAGCAAUUUCGAUCGUUGCACACAUGGCUCAAUUCGCAUUUCUACUCGUUGUGGAGAAUCCUCACAUCGACAAAACAUACAAUCCGCCCCCUCCCAGAAAGCACCAAGAUAAUCCAACCCCAAGCGACAUCGAUCAUGCAAAUGCACUAGCAUCAAGUAAAGAGGGUCUUGAAUAUAGUUUAGAUUCAUCACCCACUCAAACACCGCCACUAAAUACUACUCAACCAUUAGCGGUCCAUAACCUCAUGGGACUGGGCAACAUUGAUCUUUUCCGGAUUACAGAUGUUUCCAUUCUCCUACUGCUAGGUUACGUCUUUCUCAUUACUGCUCUCACUCCAUCGACUCCCGUUUAUCAGGCACUUUUUGUGAUAAAUGCUAUGUUUUGGCGUUUGUGGUACUCGGUGGGCCUCGGAAUAAUUCUCGAUAGACAAUCGAGCAAAAAGAUGUGGACACGACAUUUCGUUAAGUAUGGUGAUAGCACAGAAGAAGCUUGGAGACAAUGGAAAGGAAUGUACCACUUAAGCAUGACAAUGUGCUACGCAAGUUUCAUUGCCGCAACCUGGAAAAUGUACUCCAUCCCAUCUGAUUGGGCUUAUGGGCUUGUUUUGUUGCGACACGUGCUGGGUGCUGGUUUAGUUUCACUCCAGCUCUGGACGGCUAUCAGCAUUUACGAGUCUUUGGGUGAAUUUGGAUGGUUCUUUGGAGACUUUUUCUUUGACCACGCUCCCAAACUCACGUACAGCGGUAUUUAUCGAUACCUCAAUAAUCCAGAACGUAUAAUCGGGCUAGCUGGUAUCUGGGGAGCAGUCUUCAUCACAGGAAGCCGAGCUAUCUUUUGCUUGGCGCUUCUCAGUCAUACACUUACUCUUGCGUUCCUUCAAUUUGUCGAAAAGCCUCACAUGCAGAAGUUGUAUGGACGAAAUCUUCGAUCAGAAGCUGGUCUAUCAAAAAGCAUCAAGAGAUCUUUACCACCUCAAAUCAAAAAAUGGCACGGCAAUGUUGAUAGAGUUUUAGAAGAAACGGGUCAUUUUGUCGAAGAAUUUUUGGAUGCCGCUCGACCAAAACUUGCGGCGGGUGUCUCAACCAUCUUCAGAGACACCUCUGCACUCUUUAGUCAAUAUCCUGCUCGUCUGACAUUGACAAGAAUUGCACCAGAUUUGGCCGGUUAUGAUCCCAGAGAUUACUCUGUUACGAUCGAGGGUACAUCGUCUGACUCGGCCCUGCACAAGCGCACAACUUCUAAAGAAGGAAUCACCGCCCGCAUUCCACAAGAACGAAUGGACGGGUUCAAACCGCUCGUUUUCGAAUAUGGUGCACCAAUAAAAGUGAAAUGGACAGCCCCAACAAAACACAGUAAAGCUGAUUGGAUAGGUAUGUAUAUGGUAGCUGACAAUGCAUCACGAGAAGUAACUCGGAUUCCUUCAGCGGGCCGCUGGGUUGCCACGGUUCCUAAUGAGUACGAGUCCAGUCCAGCAGAUCAAGGUAUUCUCGUUUCAAAUAGGUUCGUUUCGGGCUCAAAACGUAUAGAUGGCUCAACUCAAGAUUACGUGGAAGGAGAAAUGAUUUUUGAGGGCGAUAAACUCUUCUGGACCCAGGGAGUCUUCGAAUUCCGCUACCACCACGAUGGUAAACACAAUGUUAUGGCCAUCUCUCUCCCGUUCGAAAUCCGCAUUCCCCGUUUCGACGACGAAAACUCAAACGUGAACAUUACACUUGAUUCUGACAACUCUCAAUCCCAAUCUCUCAUCCGCAGUGCAGUCGAGCAAGCUUUACUACCUGUAGUUCGCAAUUGCUUCGAUCGAGACCCAGAUAUUGCACCUAAUUCUGUAGAUGAAAGUUUUGGGGUAUUAGUAGCAAGAGAUGGAAAAUACCCUAGACGCGUAGUCCAUGCUGUUCAUUUUAUGUUUGGUAUUGAGUUUGCGCCUGAGGUGGUCAGAGCGGAUGGAAAUGUGAGGAAUCUGGCCUGGAGAAUUUGUAAUGCGAAGCAGGUAUUGGCACCAUAUAGCAUGUCGCAUUCCAAGGGGACAAAUACACCUGAUGUUGACGGGGAAAAGGCUUAGGCGGUCAGUUGUAGAGUAUGUGGAGGAGGUGGGUGGAAGGAAACAUGCCAGUGGAUGAUUAUAUGAGAAUGAGAUUUACAUGAUAGAUUUCUAUGAAGAUGGCACGAUGAACGAGAUGGGAUGAAAUGUGUGGGUAAUGGUUAUUGUAAAGAUACCCUGUAUUGGCUUGGUUGAUUUGAAGUCACGAGCAUUAUGUUACAAAAUCAAAAAGAAUAUGGUUUAAAGACGAGAUUUAAAGGUUUUAUUUUGCGCA